AUGCCAAUGCACGCCGGCGAUCGCGCUGCUCGACUUCGCCAAGCAUCUUCACGUGGGGCACCUCCCCCCCAAGUCGCACGAGCAGUUCAGAAUGCUCUCAGCAGGGGCGCGGAUAGACAACAAAGCCGCCCACUCGCUGAUGUGAACACUCCAUUUGGCUCGCAAUCCUCUCCACAUCGCUCGGUCGCCAUUGCCCCCGCACGUCGCGCGCAUACAGUGGCAAACACGAACAGUCUCAUGCGACAAGUAUUUUGUCAAGCAUAUCAGCAGUCGGAUCUUGUUCUUCACCGGGAAGCUGCCCAUCGAUACUUCUCCACGUACUUCGAGCGUCACCCAUCUUCUGUGGUCAUCUGGACCUGCACCAAUGCUGAAAUGGACACUUUCGUGAUGCACCGGGACCUCAAUUUUCGGGGAGAUGCGACGGCCACACUCCUGCCAAUUUGGUCCGAGCAGCUUACACUUCCCAGUCCCACGCUUACUCGCAUACCUCUUAGGGAGUACCGCCGCGCGACUUGGUCGGGGGUGCACUCUUCGAACUUCAUGGUAGAAGACGGUACAUCAACAAAUGCUUCAGCUACGCAUACAGGCACAAGCCACAGGAGUGUCUCGGCACCACAACAGCGCUUGGCCAUCGAAGACGUGCCUGGCAAAGAACCAAGUCAAGGCGAUGUGCCCACAGAUGCUUCUCUCGAUGACGUGGUCGCGGCCAUUGUUGAGGCAACAAGCGUGGGCCACAAAAAGAAGAAGAAGCCCAGUAAGCGCAAAGGCAAGGGAACUCACACUGCAGAGCCAAAGGGGAACGUCAACGAGACUAUAAUAGAAGGACUAUCUAAGCUAUCCUCAUCCGAGCCAGUUCCAGCGGCUUCUCUCUGCGCGGUUGUAGCAGACAACGCCUUCGAGACGAGGCUCCCUUCGCCUACACCAAAUGCUCCAGAAGACGAUAACGAUGGCAAAGAUACCCUGAGUAUCGCUCUGGACAUAGCCGCACAUCCCGACACGACCUCCCUUGAACAGCUAGCUUACCGGUCAGACCUGCCUUUGCUUGGAGCCGUUCCCGCGCAGCAGCCGGACGCGCUUGAGUCGGCACGAAGGUCUGUGCCAAUUUCACAGUCCGAGAGUCAAAGAAAUGAAACCGCACAGACUUCGAGUCACCGCUCUGAGGCUUCUCCAUCUUUGCAGGUGGCAGUGCCACCCAAAGCAGUCACACCUGCCCAGGUACCAGCGGGCGACAAUGCAUUGUCAUUGAUCGAUGCUGCCAAGGAAAGCUCUGGCCGAAGUGCAUCACCAGACACUUACAAAGUCCGACCGGCCCGCACUUCCGAGCCGCUUUCAACGACCGAGCCAACGCCUUCCAGACCUGCCUUUGUUGCCGCGUCUUCCUCCCACCCGCAGUACAAGGACGACACCGUCCCUGUUCGUGCGGACCGCGUCUAUUCGCGCAUGGUUCGCUCACCACAUCUGCCCAAUUCUCCGGCGAGCAUACAUGCCAAGCAACACCUCGUUGUGCCAUCGGCCGCUCACGGGGAGGACUGCGCGCUGAGUAGCAAUAGCCAUGGUGAGUCAAGCAGAACCUAGUCUCACAGUAAUGGAAUCUGAAGCGGAUAUCUGUCCAUCCCAUGACUCAGGCGAUGCGACGCCCGACCCGUCACUUUGCAGUGCUGCCAGCGACAAUGUAUCAGUGGCCACCGCUAGACCUAGGAAGCACCCUCGGAAUCGGAAAAGUAAUGUAGCGACCGCAGCCAAACCUUAUCGGAAUGCCAAGACGCAGGACGUGGGCAGGGAUCGCACAACGACCGACCUUUCUGCUCAAGCAUCGACGAGUGCGGCCAGUCGAAAGGUGCCAGGCUCGGCAGACACCCAUCCAACCGCACCACUACCCAAGACGCAAUCAGGUAAUUCAAAGCGAAGCAAGGCUGCUGCAAAGAGAGCGGCCAGAGAAGCAGCGGAAGCCGAGCAGCACGGCCGCCGUAUAGCAGAAGCGGUGGCGGCAGCUGAAAGAGCCAGGCCAGACCUACCCUUGGUCGGCUUGCCUGCAGCCGAAGCUGCGUCCGAUGAGGGGAGCAAUGCCUCUCAGCGUGGCCUUGUGACCACCACCAAAAGACGUCUCACCACCAGUCUAGCACCUCCACAAGAGCGCUCAGACUCGCCACGCCGCUCACGUCCACUAUCUAAGACGGAAACGGAGUUUUCUUACGUCACUGCUCUAAGCCUGCCACCAGACCAAGAGCGAGACUUUGUCGAGGGUCCCGGCACCACCGAACGCGGCCACUUGCUUGACGAACGCGGGAAGCUUGUGACCCCGAGCGUCUCGACGCGAGGAUCCUCAAAGCAAACCGAUAUGCAACGAGACGAGACAAACACUGCGUCCUUGCUCGGUACGGAGAUAGACUAUGAGGACGCUCAAGAACAGACCUACACACAAUCCGAUUGCGGCGGCUCGAGAAGCGCCUCUGCACCGAAGCCCUUCGUCCUACUCACCGAUACGAGGAAGCAAGAGCUGCUACGUUCUCCUGAGACCCUUUGCCCGGCUCACCUGGCCAAUCCUUCUAAUGAAGGGCUACGGCACAUGCAUUCAGCCUCAUCACAGCAAUGGGACAUGACAAAACCUGUCGAGCACUCUGGAGCAAGCCCGGAUGUCAGUCGUGAUACCGUCGACGAGGGCGACGUCGAGCGGCUGCAACGCAUCUCGCGAACUGCGGCCUGGGUAUCCGAUGAGCAUAGCAAGCGCCAGCUGGUCACGACUACCGUUAGAGGCUUCGGACCGAAGUCACACGAGCGAACAAGUGGAAGUUGUGCCUCGGACUCGUCCUCGAUUUCAAGGCUGGAUCUCCGCAUCAGUGCACAACACUCUACUCGUCGAGGACUUGCUCCACCCAUCGAACCACCACACGUCGCAGCUACGCCAGCUACUUACUUGCAAUGUGCCAAUAACCUGUGCGAUCUCAACAAUUCGACGCCCUCCGUCGCCAUUCGACGCUUUCGCGCACUCAAAGCGGUGCUGAGAAGUCCAGCAUUCAAACCGGUUACUCUAGUUCCGGGCGAUCGCCGCAGCUUCUCCAUGACGGGAAAGUUUGUCGACCUGCACCAUCUACAAAGCUCACCGGUGCGCUCUGCCAAGUUCGUGCUUGACGUCAGGCAUUUGCCAUCGUUCGACCAAGUACAUGUUCCCUCUUCUCCCGAAACCGUCAGACGGGCGGAGGGUCUGACGUAUCUAAACUUGGACGCUCGGCGGCUCCAAGAUAGUCCUUGUAACUUGGACGCUCGGCGGCUCCAAGAUAGUCCUUGUAUGGAUGAAUGCAAGCGCUAUACAACUCUGACCGAUGGCCGUGAUGUAGCACAUUCGCCACGCACUCGGAGCGCGAGCGUUCCACCUUAUCAUCGAUUCCCUCGUCCUGAAACGGGAGUAAAUACAGGAAGAGUGUUGCCUCACACUGCCCCAGCAAGGCCAGCGCGUUUGCCAGACUGCUCAGCUGGCGAAGUUUCGCUACAAGACUCGAUUCCAACCCUUCGCAUCAAUAUACCUUCUGACCACAUGGACACCACUACACCGGAGAGCACAUCUUCCAUUUGGCCCACUGCGCCUGACUCUUCGAUGCUCGAGCCUCUUUUGCUGUCACCCGCCUCGAAUUCUGACUUUUCCGGUUCCUCGAUUGCCCCUCAUACUGGUUAUGGUGGCCCUCAUGCCUUGGAUGUAGCCAACAACCUCCCGCAACCCAAUUUGCUUGGCUUGUCAGCCGGCAAUUUCGACUUCGACUUCUCCAAUUCAGUCCCACUUUCUUCGCCAGGCUUUUUGCCACCAUUCUACAGUGGCGACAUCGACACAACUGGUGGCUACGCGAGUGAAGUAGACUCGCCACGGUGUCAAGAUCAGCUGGCUGCAUCAGAAGUCCGCCGCACUGAGCUUUUCAGUUGGCUCCAGCAAUUUGGCACAGUCAGCACGGAAGAGGCGGAGGCAAUAGGUCGCUUCUUCGACGAGACGGAGCGACACUACAUCGAGCUGAUGGGCGAUGAGGUGUGUAUCUCGAGCCGUACUGCUUGCCAUUCACCAUGCUGACAUGCCAUCCCGCUCCAGUCCGCCAAACACCAGCCUACCGACAAGGCAUCACUCUCAACCUCGCUCGAUUCUAUCAUCCUUCCCGCUUCUCGCCACUACAGGCCCCGCUCGUCAACCGGCAGUCGCUCGGCUGAGCCGGGCUCAGCCAUAGAUACCGAAGCUACGCCGCGUCCUCUUCAACCGAGUGGCUUUGCUAGCUCCGGCACCCAAGAUAAUGGAUGCGACCUCUCAAGCGAAAGCCAGUGGGCGCGCAUCGAGCAAUCAGAGCAUGAGCGGUGAGUAGGACCAAUGCUUUGCCAUGUUAGCGCGGAGGUCCUGCGCUCAUGAGUUCUCUUCAACCGCACCGCCCUUGAUCAGAUGCCCAAGGCCUCGAGGCCUGAGCUCCAACGGCAGAGGCCGCGGAAGGGGCACCCCUGACAGGGGUCUUCGAGGCAGGGGGCGUGGAAGAGGAAAGCUUAAGGGGGGACCGGACCGAGAAUCCUUCCAUGCUUCAACGGCGGAGGACCAGAGUGGGUUUGGCCGGGCCACCGGCGCCCCGAUGUGGUUCCCGGCAGCUUCACCGGAAAUCAGCCCCGCGAACAUCUUCGCGCCCAAUUAUAGCAACCCAGCUCAGAGUGAUCCAGCCGUAGCGAGCUACUCUCUUGGUCCGGGGCGCGCGAUUUCGACAACGAUGUCGGCUGGCGACAGUUGCCGUCCUCCAAUUCAGCUUCGGUCUGACGGAUGGUUUCAGACAGCGUCAAGGCGUGAGGCCACUCUUCAUCACUGUCCAGACGACAAUGAGCAACUGGCUGGUCGUCCGCCAACCACGGGAGUGCACGAUACUGUGCGUUCCGCGACGUACGGAGAGCAAGCGCAGCAAUUGGCUGCAGCCUUUUUGCAACAACAUGGCCCUACACACGCGGAUUGGGAUGGUCUGGUCGCAGAGUGCGCGCAAGUCCUGCGUUGGAAUCUGUCAGCCAUUGGGGUCGGGCAUAGUACUGGACAAGCAGCUCCGACGUUGGCACCAAACGAGCUGGUCGAUGCCUACCGCGGUGUGGGCGUGUCGCAGGUCGACCAUAAAGCUCCUGCACCUCACGGAUCUAUUGGAGUCUGGAACAACGCGUCCCAAACAUUCAUGACGUCGAACGAAGCUUGUCACCCUAAUUGGCUUGUGUACGAGCACGCCCGCCAGCUGAUUGCCUCCCAUUUCGGCUACUCCCCGCUUGUCAGCCCGAUGCAACAGCUUCCCGCCGGACUGCUGGUUCCUUUUGCCCCACCCGCUCAGCUGAGACGUUCCAGCGUGCAAUCUGUCGGUACCGACGACUGUUCUACCCUUCCUGCAGAAGAUACUUCAGCUUCCAUGGCCGCACAGGAUGGCGCCGCGCAAUGGAGCAACGCUAGUGCAGCAUCCUUUCAUCAGAGUGGCAGAAACGAGUCUUCGCUUCGUAGCUUCGACAAUCGCAGUCACAGACCGGCACAAAGGUCAGACUCUAGCGCUGCACAUGCCUCCUCAGACGCGCGCUCUUGGGACAGCAGAGGCGCAUAUGGCUCAAAUGCAGCGAGCGGAAGACAAGCUGCCUAUCCUCCAGGUUCGGCAGCAGCCGAUAGCGAUCCCGCAAGUGUAGACGCCCGGCGAGCACUGCAAAGUCGUAGCACUGUCGGAGCUGGUGCGACUCUUCCUCGAAGCUCCAGCCCGUCACCUACUGGCUCCGGCUUCCGCUACAAUUCUUCCAGGAAUCCUACCAUCAGAAAUGAUCGAGUCCAAGCGUCGAGCUUCAAGAGCUUCCAUCGCUCGGAAUCUGCUUCCCAACGGCGGGAGCCGAGAUCAUGGCGCAGCUCAGACCUACAACAUGGCGAACAUCAGCAUUCUACUCCUUCCAAGGCUUAUCCUCGUCGUGGUGAUCAGAAUCGCUCCCCUGUGCGCCCUCGUGGCGGCUUUCAACGCUUCGGUGGUGUCGUGCACGAAGACGACUCUGAUACGCGUACGCUUGCUGGCGAGGCUGCUUGUCGCGUCUCGCCACCUGGUUUGAGGUGGGCCAGCCCACGUACCGGUACUGGAAGGCGUCCUGACUUGAGAGGUGCCAUGCACUGGAGCUAG